AGUCAGAAAAGCGGAAAGAUGAGCGACUACGACAUACAUCAGAGAUCGCAAACAGAAUCUAAAAGGGACAGAAUGACCGAGCUGUCGUCACCGUCAGCAACUUUGUCGGCAUCGCAGAUCAACGAAGAGAAAAUCCUACUGCAGGCGUACGACUACAUCGCAUCUGUGCCGGGCAAGGAUAUGCGAAAAAAGCUGACCCUAGCAUUUAAUUUAUGGCUGGAAGUCGAGGCCGACGUUUGCGCGAAGGUGGCCGAAAUUGUGAUGCUCCUGCAUAAUGCGUCGCUACUUGUCGAUGACAUUGAAGAUGAUAGCCGUCGCCGAAGGGGUGUGCCAUCAGCUCAUCGUGUGUUUGGACUCGCUUCAACAUUAAAUACAGCUAACUACGUGUACUUUAUUGCUUUGGAGAAGUGCCUUAAACUGGGAAGAUCUAGCGCCAUUGAGGUAUUCUCCGAGCAGCUUUUGGAGUUGCAUCGUGGGCAGGGUAUGGAAAUCUUCUGGCGAGACUCGCUAGUGUGUCCUACUGAAGAAGAAUAUGAACUUAUGGUAAAGAGGAAAACUGGAGGCCUGUUUGGUCUUGCAGUACGAUUAAUGCAGGUUUUUUCCAACAGUACCAAGGCAAAUAAAGACUACUCUAAGUUAAUUGGUCUGUUAGGAUUGUACUUUCAAAUUCGAGACGACUACGAGAAUCUUCAGAAUACGGACUAUGCCAAAAAUAAGACUUUUUGCGAAGAUCUGAGUGAAGGUAAAUUUUCAUUCCCGAUCAUUCACGCUAUUCGCAAAGAUUCAAAUGACGGGCGAGUACUCGGAGUUCUUCGGCAACGGACGCAGGAUUACGACCUGAAGAAAUACGCCGUAUCUGUUCUUGAAUCCCUCGGCAGUUUCGACUACACGGUGGCACGUAUGGAGAAGCUCGACGCUGAGUGCCGAAUAGAAAUUGACCUGCUGGGUGGAAACCCCUACCUUGAAUCAUUACUCAACGAACUUAGGACAUGGGACCGUCCUACGCCCCCGUAAAUGAAGGACUAUGAUAACUAGGAACGAAGUCAAAAAUUGUUAUGGUGACGAAUUUAGCUAGUAUCUGUUGUGAGGUAGCAUAUAACUAAAAGAGAUUUAUAACAUUCUGUAAGCGUUUGGAUUAGUGUACUGUUAGCGAUAAAAGUGUGGUGAGAUGGCCUAAAGGCCAUUCAGAUUGUCCCUUUUUUAGCAAAUUUGUUUACAUUUCCUUGAUGAUUUUUAUUGCUGUUUGUCUGCUUGCGCCAAAAGAAUACUCAAGUUUCGUACCAAGUAAGCGUGGGCCAGUAACAAAAUAAUCUACCUGUAGUAAUCACAGAGUCAACAGUUUCCAACAAAAAAUUAUUAAGUUUAGUAUUCGGAUCAUGCAUAUGACGCACAGCGAAUUUAUAAGGAACCAAAACAUUAUCAAAAUUAGCAGAUAUUACGAGAAGUGAAUUAAAGGAUGACAAAACCAAUAUUUUGUGUGAAACGUGCAAUGCAGAUUAAUGCUGCAGAAUUGUCAGCAACGCAAAAACUUAAGACAUCGUAACACCGUAAUAACAUCAUAAAAGAAGCAGUGAGUGAACUAAAUUAUUGAAAAAAAUUCACCGAGAAUGGUGAACUAUCAUCAGUUUCCGUAAUCUUCGUAAGAAAUUUAUAGGUAUCCAUUUCCCUUUUUUCAUACAGUUCAAAACUAAUUAUAACUAUCAAAAGGCAGAAAACUAGUUUUAGGAAAACAAGUGCUUUUAGGACAAAGUCAUAUUUAACGUUCUUUUCGUUUCGCUUUUCAAACCUGCGACUUUUAACCACCAUUGCUGCAUUUUUUUUAAAUGAUUACAAAAACAUUUGCAAUAAUUGUAAGGAAUAUUAUGUUAAAGUAACAAAUGUGUUUAAGCCGCAUAAAAAGUGAGAGCGCGUAUCUGUACGUGCACAUCUCUGCACCUGUGCACAGCAUGGUAUUUGUUUAUGCCAGACUUUUGGGUUGGUAUCAGUCUGACCAGGACAGAAGCGACGUGAUCACAUAUGACUGUGUG